GUAUACAUUAUACGUACAAAUCUUUAUAACAAAACCACUGCAUAAGUUCCUUAGCGGCGAACCGACAGUAACUGACGCACUCGAGACACCACCGAUUUCUCUUUGGAGCUUCAUCAUGAGCUUACUGUACGUCUUAUGUAGCUGCUGACGACAUUGCUUUGCGAAUUCGUCUUGUGGGUCGCUUCGCGACUGUACUGAACCAUGGGAGGGCGCGAGGAGAGCUCCCGGCGCCGGUCCAGCAGGGACCACAGGGCGGAUGAACGUAGCUGCAGACAUAGUCGCUGUCAAAGCCGCAGCCGAAGGACAGGGCGGCGAGCCGAGGAGCUGCCAUCGCCGGAGACAUCAGAUAGCGAGGUCGAGGCUAGCCCCUGGGUGGGCCGGUACACGGGGGGCACGGGCUGCCUGGCGACCGAGUCGCUUCGGCAAGUGGACACGGUGUGCGGCACGCACACAUACACCAUGGUGGGCUACACGCUGGCGCGAGCCAUGGGCCCCGGCACGCGCCUGUGCUCGGACCUCUUCGAGGUGGGCGGCCAGCUGUUCCGGCUGGAGGUGUACCCGGCCGGCCUGAGCGCGCAGGGGCACAAGUACCUGGGCCUGUUCCUCACCACACCCGGCAGCACGCGGCCCGGACACCUGCUGUACGAGCUGAGCGUCAUUGACAAGAGCACGCUCAAGCCGGUGCACAUCACCGAGUCGCGCACCGCGGCCACGCCGCCGCCGCCGGCGCCCGCCACGCUGCAGGCGCCGGCGCCCGGCGUGGUUGCUGGCUUCCCGCGCUUCGUCAAGUCCAACUUCCUGUACCGCAACAGCCGCCGCUUCCUGCAUGAUGACACGCUCACUAUCAGGGCCACGGUCAAGAUGCUGACCGGCUGGAGCUCCUUCCCGGUGCCGCCGCCGCAGCCCCAGCUGUUCGCGCUGCAACCCACCACCAGCACCUGCAGCCCCGGCGCCCUGGCGGCCACGCCGGCGCCGCCCGCGCCCGGCAGCCUGGCGCUCAUGCCGCCCUCGGCCGCGCUGCUACAGCCACAGCAGCUACAGCCGCAGCCGCUGCUGUAUUCCGGGCUGCAGCCGUCGAUGGCGGCGACGCACGGCGGCGCCGGGCUCGGGCUGGUCACGAUGCCCGCGCCGCAGUCGGGUGCGCAGCCGUACUACCUGGCGUCGGUUGGUGCCGGCUCGCCGCAGCAGGCGGGGAUGUCGUGGACGCAUUGCCCCUGCCCUUGCGGUGGCGCCUCUCCGCAGCCCGCUCAGCAGGCGUACGUCUCGGCCGCGACACCGGCGUAUGCGCAGCAGCUGCCGCCGCAGCAGGCCGCGGCAGCCGGCUGGCAGCAGCAGGGCGUGCCGAUGUACGGGGGAGGAGGAGUGGGAGUUGCAGGAGGAUACGGCGGUGUGGGGCCCGCGCUGACGUACGGCUAUGGGACGGCGGCGGCUGUGGUGCCGGGGCAGGGGCUGGCGGGGCAGGGCACGGCGCCGGCGGUGCUGCAGGCGGGGGGCUACAUGACGACGGCGGCGGGGCCGCCAGCAAUGUCGUGGCAGGCGCCACCGGUGGUGGUCGGGACAGCACCGUUUUGAAGCGGAACCGCUGCAGGUUACUGUAUGGGGAUUCGGGGGCAGGUCGUGGGGGCAGGUUGUUGCAGCUUGCCCCCAGGCCCCAGCUGGGUACAGGGCUGGGCGCCGUAUGCGUGUAUGCGGUUGUAAGGUGGUGCGCACGGUUUUUUCUGCGUGGCUUCCUGCCGCGUGAAGGACCGGAGGCCUGGGCUGGGGUGACCCUUUAUGCAGCUUCGCAGGUUCCCGCGAGGGAAUUGCCCCGCGGUGAUUAUUGCGGCGCCAUCACGUGUAAGCAAUUAAGCGA